AUCUAUGCGAUGAAAAUAUUGAACAAGUGGGAGAUGCUAAAACGAGCCGAAACGGCUUGUUUUCGUGAAGAACGCGAUGUGCUCGUCUACGGUGACAGGCGAUGGAUUACCAAUCUGCAUUUUGCGUUCCAAGAUGAGAAAAAUUUGUAUUUCGUAAUGGACUAUUAUGUUGGCGGUGACAUGUUGACAUUAUUGUCAAAAUUCGAGGAUCGUAUACCAGAAACCAUGGCACGGUUCUAUAUAGCUGAAAUGGUGUUAGCGAUCGACUCCAUACACAAUUUGGGCUAUGUUCACAGGGAUGUAAAACCAGAUAACGUAUUGCUUGACAUACAAGGCCACAUACGGCUAGCUGACUUCGGAAGUUGCCUUCGACUAUUACCAGAUGGUACGGUGGCCUCAAACGUCGCUGUUGGAACGCCGGAUUAUAUAUCGCCAGAGAUCCUGCGUGCAAUGGAGGAUGGAAAAGGGCAUUAUGGCAAGGAAUGCGAUUGGUGGUCAUUAGGGAUUUGCAUGUACGAGAUGCUUUACGGAAAUACACCCUUUUACUCCGAACGCUUGAUCGAUACAUAUGGAAAGAUUAUGAGUCACCAAGACAUGCUCGAUUUUCCCGAUGAAGACAUAGACUGGACAAUAUCUGAAGAAGCGAAGGAUUUAAUACGAAAACUAAUUUGUCCGAGAGAAGUAAGCGUUCAGUUCUUGCUUUGCGUUUUCCUCUUUUCCUCCUUCUCCGUCAAUACCGUGAUAGACUUGUUCUCGUUUGCAUUGCGGUCUUAUUUGAGGUUCGGCUCGGCAAAGGAGGUUUUGCGGAUUUCCGUGACCAUCCGUUCUUUUCGGGAGUCGAUUGGGCUGGAAUUAGAGAUUGUAUGUCAUUCAUCUAGCUUUACUCUUCACCUUUUUUAUUCACCCUGUCUCACAAUAUCUUUUGUGAGUUUACUUCCUUUUGUAGCUGACCCUCCAUACCACCCAGAAGUGUCUAGUCCUACAGAUACGUCAAACUUUGACGUUGACAUCUGCGAGGACGAUUUUACACCCUGUCUUCCACACAUGCGUUGCAUACAAAAGUUGCAGGAAACUCAACCACCCCGAGUAACUGCUGCGUUUACGGGUCAUCAUCUGCCAUUUAUUGGUUUUACGUAUACACACGGG